AUGGAAAGAAACCAACGAAUUUUGCUCUUAGUUUGUAUUAUCUAUGGAUUAUGGAAUAUUGGCACUCAAUGGACAACAACAUUACUUUCAUUCCUGCAAUGGGAUACUAUUCAUGUGAUGACUAUAGUGGACAUUGGUUAUAUCCAGUCGUUUGGAAGCUUUUGUAAUGCUAUCGGUGCCCUUGUAGUCGGACAGAUUGCCGACACAACCGGUCCAAAAACGAUGUUUCUAUUUUCAUCAGUUAUUAUAUCGAUCUAUUAUUCAGCGCUAGCCUUUGCCAAGUGCUGGUACUCAUUCUUUUUUCUGCAGUUGCUAAGAGUGGGUUAUCAACUGGAUGCAACUGCUGAAAUGUAUCUUGCAACUAUUACAACGGAACGAGAAAGAACUACUGCUCUGAUGCGGCUCACCGUACCACAGUCUUUGGCAAUGUUACUGGGUCCAAUGUUUGCAUCACAGUUGGCAAUUAGAACCAGUCUUCGUGCAUCACAAUUCAUUUGUGGUAUCGCUUUAAUUGUGACGUUAACUCCAUUUAUUCACUACGUUCUACCACAGACACACAGUAUCCCCAAGCUUGCUACUGCCCGACUACGUCCGCAGGAUUAUCUGUCAAUGAUAAAGCAUAAUGUUGCCCUUCGAGAAGGUAUUUUUUUGCGAGGACUGCUUAUUGCUGCUUAUAUUUGCUACGAACUAAUAUCCAGGAAUUUCCUUCUCCGUUCAUUUAUGCAGGGUCCAAAUGAUUCGGCUAAAGUGCUUAUUGUAAUGGGCGUGUCACUAUUAGUGGUACAAUUCCUCCUACUACCUCACUUGCAACGACGUUUUUACCCGCGGACAGUACUAAUUAUUUCACUGAUUGGCCUUUGCUGUGCUUAUUCACUAGUUAAUUUCAUUACAAAUUUCAACCAACUACUUGUCGUCAUAGCUCUUCAGACGGCAUGCUAUGCUAUUGCGUAUGCCGAAAGCUAUGCGCAAAUUACAAGUGCCGUAGACAAUACCGAUUUGGGGAAAGCGACAGGACUGGCAUCAGCCGCUCAAUGGAUUACACAUUUCAUAGUUCCAAUUUAUAUAUCACAUGUGGUGCAGUCAUGGCACUAUACCUAUGCAUUCUACACCAGCGCACUACUCUCCAUCGGAGCUCUUUGCUACAUCAUUCUAGUCGCUAAACAUCCAAAUUCUCGUGUACACUCCUUAUUACCAUCGAUUUGUCUAGUAUAA